GCCCCGCCGAGGAGCGCCGCGCGCUGCGGAAGGCCGCGUGGGGCGGAAGGCGGAGCGCCCCCGCGAGAAACCUCCGAGCGGUGCCUGUGUUUGGGGGCCAUGGUGCAGCUUUACAACUUGCACCCGUUCGGGUCGCAGAGAGUAGUGCCCUGCAAGCAGGAGCCGGCGCAGUUCUGCUGCGGCCACGACGUGCUGUUCGUGGCCAGCGCGGCGGCCAGCUGCGGGGUGGAGGUGUUCGCCGUACGCCGCGAGGGCCACUGCGAGCCCUUGGGCUCCUUCGCCACCCUGGGCCCCGUGCUGCGCAUGGCGCACAGCCGUGCAGGAGACUAUUUGGUGACGAUUGAAGAGAAAAGCAAAGCAACUUUCCUAAGAGCUUAUGUGAACUGGCGAUGCAUGUCUGCAGGGAGUUCUCGCGUUUGUGUCCGGAUGGUGGGUCACAAGAUGGAAGAGUCAUACACUGAAACCUUGAAAGAGCAGAUGUCGAUAGUGGAAAUGGCACUUUCAGAUCCUCCGCUGUGUAUUUCAUGUUGUCCGGUAAAUGGAGAUCUUCUUGUAGGCUGCAGGAAUAAGCUAGUCAUGUUCUGUUUGAAAUACCUGGUCAUAAACCAGAAUUUGACAGUAUUAGACUUUGAGCGCUCCUUAAUUUUACACAUUGAUAACUUCAUUCCUGCCGAGGUUGCAUUUUAUGCUAGACACAUAGCGAUAACAACAGAAUUAGAUGUUCUAAUCCUGAAACUGGACCUGAUCCAGCAAAGUGCAGACAGAGGAGAGCAAUGUGCAUGUCAAGUUAGUACAACAGAAAAGCUGGUGGAUGGAGGUAAGUACAGAUAUUUAUCGAGUAUAAAAACAUCAGCUCUGGAUAUUACAGCUGUUGCUGUUUACUUGCUUGGAAUAGAUGAUAGCUUCUUACUGACUUCAUGUGUUGUGUUUUUUCCUUCCAGGCAUUUUACACCAGACCAGUCCCCUUUUGGCUUUUGUGAAGAGACAAAGCUGCACUCUGUUCAGUUCCUCCCUGUUUACCAGACAGGUAAGUGCACAUGUGUGGGUGCAUCAGAGAGGUCAGAGCAGGCAGUUCUUACUCCACAGUUCCUGCAUGUCAUUACAAGUGAGAGCCUUCAGUGUUACACAGUGCGGUGCAGUGCAGCAGCAGCUCGCGAUGAAGAUCCAUACAUUGAUACAACUGUAAAGGCUUGUCCACCUGUCACACUGGAUGUCUGCACGUUACGAAUGCAGCUUUUUAUAGGGCCAAGAGCUAUCUGUCAUUACAAAAACCAUAUAAUUCUUCUGACUAAGGCUGAUACUGAAGAUAUUACUGAAAGACGAAAGCCUUCAAGAAGGAUGCUCUCCAGAAAGGCUGAUAGCAACAAAUCCAGAACCAAUUCUGAGUCAGAACCUGGCUGGAAUUUGUAUAUUAUAAACACUGUUUCAACCAUCCAGCUUUACAGAGAAAUGGUAGAUUAUAGUAGAACUUAUGAAAAUGUAAGAACUGAGAGUUGCAUCCAUCUCCUAAGUGAGGCUCACUUACUAGUCAGAGCAGCAGUAACGGACCCUAGCUUCUUUAAAUCAGAUGACAAAGAAGAACUUCUGAGAGCAUUCAAAGAAAGUUGUGCCUUCUUAGGAGAUUGCUACAGCAGGUUUGACACAAAGGAUUACCACCUUGCUUUGCCAUACUACCGAAUGUCAGGUUUAUCUGUGGCUGAAGUUUUGGAGCGACUAGCUUCAGAAAGUGGUGAAAUACAGAUGUAUGAAAAAGGAUUAAUAUUUUAUUUAACUCACUCUCUUAAUGAAGAGUUAAAUGAAGAAUUAAGCAAGGAAUUGGCAGAUAAAGUUCUCCAAAUAUUCUAUCUUGCUGACCCUAUGCAGCUGCCUCAUAUCAUCUGCAGUCCCUGCAUGAAGAAUGUAUGUCCUCUGACAGCUGUGAAGUAUCUUCGUAAAGUAGAAGACAUUAUGCCAUCAGUGGUCCUUACGCUUACUAAGGCUUUCAUGGCACUGAAAAUGGGAGACCUUACGAUGUAUGAAUGUGAGAUGAACUCCCACAAGGAGACAAUGCUGGCCUGUGGCUUCAUUGGGCAACCAAAACUCCUGAGAGAGUGUAAAGAAGGAAUUGUAAUUCCAACUGAAUUUGCUGUUCACCUGAAGGCGUUGCAACCUGGAUUACUGGUGGCUGCCACUGUGGCUUUACAUGAGAACAGUAAAAUCGAACUGGAAGAAGCAGAUAUGUUUUUCAAGGUGUUAUGUAAUAAUGGUGAAGACAUGGUUCCUCAACUUUUGGUAGAUUUCUGGGAAGCUCUUCUUGUAGCAUGUUCUCAGGAAGAAGUACUUCAGGAGCUCUUAUUGAGGGUUACUUAUCAGUAUGUUUGGAGGAUAUCCAAGAAGCAACUCCCUGAGACGAAGCCGUUGAAAACAACAGAGGAUCUGAUAAACUCCUGUGAUCAUUUUGGGUCCAUUUUCCCAUGGGUUACUUUCAUAAUGUCAAUGGAAUCUCCACUUGACAAAGAUUUCCCUGAAGAUAUUUCAAAGCUACAGUCUAUUUUAUGUGGUCAAUCAAUAGAUAUAACUGCAGCUCUGCCUAUCCUGGAGCCUCUGGCAGCGGCUGGCAAUGUUGGCCUCACCGUUCGUGUUCUCUGUAGUACCCAUCUGGGCAAGUACGAGGAGUCCAUUGACCAGCUCCUCAGACAGUGUCCUGCUGCAGCUGUGUUAUACGCUCAGCAUGAGCUGAAAGGUGACAGUCGGGCUGUAUGGUGGAACAAGCUCCUACCAGAACUUUGUGAGAGAGCCAGACUUACUGGAAGUGACUGUCCUGUUCUUAUUUCAUCAUUAAAAGAAACUUUAUCAGUGGUUGCAAUGGAACUGGAACUAUGGGAUUUCCUUAGUCUUCUACCAGAAGAUGGAACUGCAGCAUUUUUCCUGCCACAUCUUCUUCACUGUAGCCAAAGGAAACAACUGAUGUAGACGCAGUGAAAGCA